AUGAUGGCGUUCCAGCUCGAGUUCGACUGCUUCCGCUUCCCGGCCGUGAUUGGUUUCUCGGACGACAGCGGCGCCACGAACCUGAAUCUGCGCAAGAUUUUCGACCUGAAUUUGGCAGGCAUCGUCAAGAAGCCUGCGGAGAACAGCAAGGGCGACAAAGAUCAGCCUCAGGCGAGCUGCGAGCUGGUCACUGUUCAGUUCCUGUCAGGGAAUCUCGCCGAGCUGACCUCGAUCGUCAUGGAAUUCCUGCAGGUGGCCAGCCGCCUGUCUGCGAAUGGCGUGGUGCUGCAGGCACGAGCAGUUCGGCUGCCCGACCUCGACGUCGCCAAGCACCUCGAGCUCGACGUCGACAAGCUCCUCGACCUCCACGUCGAUAUCGACUCGCGCCUCUCGAUCAACGUCGACGCGGACGCCGUCGACGGGGUCUUCCACCACGAGUACCCGCGCCAGCCGCGGCAGCAAGGAGCGGGCAGCGGGGAGGGCGUGGCUUCGGUGGGUGCUUGCAGUUUGCUCCUGGAGUUUGGCGUAGUGGACGGUUGCCGUUUGAUCCGAAGUGCUGGCUCCGGCGGGGGGUUGCCUUUUGAUCCAGGGUGCCAUGUGCAGUGGAGAGUUGCCGUUUGA